AUGAAAAAAACCUUCAUCAUUUUCAUCUUCUACAUCCUCAUGCUCAUCCUAAGUCAACGUGUUCAAGCUCACUCUAGUCCACCUGAGCUCGAACCAGACUCACAAAGUCGCGAAGAAUCUAGGCAACCCAAGGAGAUAAUCAUCGUCGCUGUGAUCUCAAUCAUCUUGUUUAUAGCAUUUUAUUGCAUAUAUCUUUGUUGUUGCAUAGAUGACCAUAUAGUCAAUAUUGGCAAUUGGAGUCGCUGGACACCUAUAAACUUCGUAGGAUCAUUUAGGCAUUCGGCUAAGGUCUCGUAUGGACUCGAUCCAACCGUAGUCAAGAGCUUCCCAACGUUCGAGUAUGAGGCAGUAAAGUCGAAAAUGAUCGGAAAAAACACGCUAGAAUGCGCAGUUUGUCUAAUGGAAUACAACGAUAUAGACGUGUUACGUUUAAUACCUAAAUGUGACCAUGUUUUUCAUGCCGAAUGUGUUGAUGAUUGGCUAGUAAAUCACGCUACUUGCCCCGUGUGCCGGUUCAACCUCACAAAUGCCGACUUGUGGGAGUAUGACAUGUCACAAGAUGAUACGAUUGUAGAAGUCGGAGAUCGUGGCAACGACAAUGACAACAACCAAAGGGUGGUCAAGGACAUAUCGUUAUCGAGGUCGUUAUCGACAGGACAUAUGGAUAGGUUUACGUUACGGUUGCCUAGGGAGGUAUGGAAGCAAAUUAUGAUGAAUGGUAAUAAAUUGGAAGGGAAUAUUAAUUUGUGGGUUAAAAGUGGAGAAAGUAGCACAAAGGCUGGUUAUAGAGAAGGGAUUAUUGUUGAAGGAAGUAGUAGAAGUAAAUCUGAGAGGUUUGUAAGAAAUAAUGCUAAGGUUUUUUCAUUUCGAAAACAUUUUACGAGCAAAGAAACUUCUUCUAUUAGUGUUGUUCCGAUUGAAGCAAAUCAGUUGCCCGUUUGA